UCUGGUGAACUUUUCCUGAGUGACAGGAUCGUCCCGAAAUGUGGACUGACAGUUUGACGCACUGAUUAAGUCGUCGGAUUCAUUACAAAUCUGCAGCUAUGGGAUCGUUUUAGCUAUGUUAGAUAGUACAUUACUCAGUCAUUUAUUUCCAAUUUUUCUUGCGCGAUGGAGUCUGGAGCAGGGCGAGACGAUGGGAUUCACCGCGCGCUUUGGAGACCGAGGCUGUGUGUGUGAAAGUGGACAGACAGGGGUCAGUCAUGGAGCCUGAGCUGAACUGCAGCUCUCAGUGUGAUUUGCCGCUCUGCUUCAUCCACUCAGGAGUCAACAGGCAGGAGGGCCUUGACAUUCUGCAGAGACUAUGCAGCCUCAGCACGGUGGCAGUGGAGCUCCCACGGCGCUCUCUCUCUCCAGUGUUAAGUGCUGUGGUGUGGACGCUGCUGUCUUGUGGCAUCCUGCUGGCUUUCUGCUUCCUCCUCUUCACCCUGCGCUUCAAAAACAACAGGAUAGUGAAGAUGUCCAGUCCCAACCUGAAUGUCCUGACCCUCUUUGGAAGUGUCCUCACCUACAGCAGCGGCUUCCUGUUUGCCGUUGAUGAACAGUCACACUCACAAGGUGGAGCAUUCACAGCUGUGCUGCAGGCACGGAUGUGGACUCUUUGUGUCGGCAGCACCCUGGUGUUUGGCCCAAUUUUGGGGAAGACGUGGAGACUAUACAGAGUGUUCACCCAGCGAGUGCCGGACAAGAGAGUGAUCAUCCGAGACAUCCAGCUGAUGGGCAUGGUGGCUCUGCUGAUAUUGGUGGACAUGUUCAUCCUCACCGUCUGGAACCUCACGGACCCCAUCAGGUGUUCACGGUCUGUCGGAGCUACAGUCAAGGUUGUGGACAAAGACAUUUCCUACUCUUUGUCUCAGCUGGACACCUGCUCCUCUGCAUACUCUGAUCUGUGGGUUAUCAUCAUUGCUGUUCAGAAGGGUUGUCUUCUCCUCUAUGGGACUUAUCUAGCUGGGCUGACCAGCAACGUCAGCCACCCACCAGUCAACCAGUCUCCCACCAUCAUUACAGCCGUCACCCUGGUCACCCUCUGCUCGGCUGUGGCCGUUCCUGUGUCCAUCUUCCUGCAGGCCUGGCCCAACCUGGUCUACAGCACUGUGGCUGGAGCCAUUUUUAUCUGCACACUGGCUACCAACUGCAUGCUGUUUGUGCCUCAGCUGACCCAGUGGCGGCAGUUUGAGGAGGACCAGAACAACCCGAGUCAGAUGGCAAAGUAUUUCAGCAGCCCCAGUAAGAGCCAGCCCUCGGUGUACAGCCAGGACGAGAUGUACUACCUGCUGGGGGAGAACAACUCCAUGAAAAAACUCCUUAACGAGAAGAACGCUGUCAUUGACAGUCUGCAGGAGCAGGUGAACAACGCCAAGGAUAAACUCCUGCGACUCAUGUCAGCCAGCCAGCAAUCUGAGGACCGGGACAUGGACUCUUCUAACACCAACCUCAACUCCUCCUCCACUCAGACCACAGAGCUUCAGUCUGAAGGCCCCUCAUCUUCCUCUUCUUCUCUACCUCAGAGAGACACUAAAUCCCAACUCUCGCAGCCACAUCUCUCCCCGCCCUCUGAGCCUCCCUCUGCUGCUUUCUCUCCUCUUCCCGAUAUUUAUAACAGUGAAAACAAGAGACGUGUCUUUACUGCUGGCUCUUCAGGUAGAGACACAGCUGAGAAUGGAGCAGGGGAGGCUCUCAAACAGCCCGUCUCCCUCCAGUCCCCCGGCUUACUCAGGACCGCAGAAGAAACAGUAGAUUUUGUCACUUCCAUACAAUCCCAUAGCGGGAUAAACCCCUCUCAGGUUGAAACUUUCAACACUCAGAGUGGCCAGCUGGGACCAAAUGCCAGACCGACUGGUUUUGUUAGCAGCGAGCAGUUGCAGGAGAUCCUCCAGGAGCUGAGCGUGGAUGCAGUCAUGGAAAUUGCACUUCGAUCACCCGGCCAGAUGUCCAGAAGGCGCUCUGCACUUUCCCCUCUCUCCCUGCAGACACCACACUCCCCUCAUCCACCUGUUCUCUUCCGCUACCCCAGCAUCUCCCCCUACGCCAUGAGGAAACGUCGGCCGCCCUUCCACCCCUCCAGAAGAGGUACCUGCUUUUACACAGGGUCCGAGGCUGCUGGUUGUGGGAAAAUAAGGGAGAACUGUGAACACCAAAAUCCAAGCCAGCAUCCUGAUGGGGUCAUUUUGGAUGGCACCCUCCUCCAGGCUCAUGACGUCGAGCUGGAGGAGGAGGAGGAGGAGGAGGAUGCAGAAGGGAAUGAAGCGAUAAGAAGACAUCGUAGGCGUGUUUCAAGGUCCCACAGAUGUUCAGUCCGGCCCUGUGCCCAUCACACAGCUCCACCUGAUGUGGAAGCAGGUGGUGAUACUGAGCAUAGACACAUUAGAGACUCCUGUGGGUACUGGGACUCUGACUCUAGCAGCUCAACAGACUACUGUUACUACCAUCGUCCUUACUGUGACUCGUGCCUGCAGCGAGGCUCCCUCCUUUCCUCAGACAGCUCCUCAGACUCCUCCGACAGCGAGUACGAAGGCUACACCAGCCUGUACCGCUCCCCACACCCUGUGGUGUUCAAAGAAGACCUCAAACCCACCUUUGUAUGAGCACAGGGUUACUGCACUUUACAUGUUCAUCCAUUUCCACCACUUGAAUUCAUGUCCCAAGACACGUUGUAGAAAAUUAGAUUGCACAAAGCUAAUGUGCAUCUAUGAUGGGGGAUAAUUUCACUGUAGCUUUCAGAAGGAAUGUUUUCUUCAUUCUGUAUGAAAACAGCGUUGGUAUUCUUGAACCGUGCAUCAUGGGACUUCCUUUAUUAGAUUUAUGAAAAGUCUUGUAGCGCACCAGCACACAGUAUUGUUUACUUUAUAAUAUUACUUAUGGCAUUAUUUGUAUGUUUCUGCUGUCAGAUGAAAACCCCUUACAUUCCAAUAAUGUCGAAGUUUGACAUUUAAAAAAAACAGAAAAAAAAUUAAAGGUUUUCACAGAGCAGUUGAAAUGUGCAUCAUAUUAGCUAUUGUGCAAGUGCUGUAUUUAUUAUAAUAUUUAUAAUAAGAUGUUUUGGUGCAGAUAAUUACCUUCUGUCUCCUUUUUACUGUCACACACAUUCAUUAACCUUUAAACCUGAGCAAGGCUUGAUUUGAUUUCUAGAAAAUAGGAAGAAGGGAAAGAGCAACAAAAAAAGAAAUGGAUCCAAAAUUGCCAAGAAACUGGUAUAAAGUACAAGAAGACUACCUAACAAUGAAUUUUUUAAAAAAUUGAAAAGGAUAGUUUAAAAAAACAAGAA